AUGGCCUUCACACAAAACAAGCUACUUUUCAACACCAUGCUUUGUGGCUUGCAAAUAUAUGUGCUCUACCAACUUUUAGGCAUUUCUUCUCCAUUAAAAAUGACAAUUCCCUCAUACACAGUCAAUGGCAUUGAAGGACAGCCACUCAGACUUGAGGUUGCUUAUAGUAUCAACUUUACUAUUUCUGACAUCCAGAUAAUAUGGCUGUUUGAAAAACCACCAACAAACCCUAAAUAUCUGGUUAUUUCUGUCAAUCAAUCGGUUGUUCCAGACUUAGAAUAUAGGCAGAAAUUUACACUUUCGCCUCCAAAUGCAUCUUUACUGAUAAACUCUUUACACAGAAGUGAUGAAGGAAAUUAUAUUGUAAAAAUUAAUAUCCGUGGCAAAGGGACAAAAUCAGUAAGUGAAAAGAUUAAGGUUACUGUUGAUGUGCCUCUCACCAAGCCUGUCAUAUAUAUGGAACCCUCAUCUGGAGUUGUAGAAAAAAAAGGAAACAUCACUUUGAAAUGUAUGGUGGAAGAAGGCACAAGGGUGGUUUAUCAAUGGAUGAAAAAUGAAAAUCCAAUUGAAGAUAGCAGCAAUGGCUCCAUGAUUAUAAAGAAAGAUACACUUUCCAUUGCCCCCGUUCUUAAAGAAGCUAUUGGGAACUACAGCUGUUUAGUAACCAACCCUAUCGGUGCCAUGAUGAGUGAUAUGAUCAUGCCAACAAUAUAUUAUGGACCCUAUGGACUUACCAUAAAUACUGCUAAAGGCCAGAAAGUAGGAAAAGUGUUUACACUUGAUAAAGGUGAUGCUGUUCAGCUGUACUGCUCAGCAGAUUCCAAUCCACCAAACAUUUAUUCAUGGAUCCUGAAAGCAAACAACUCCAUAUAUCCAGUACAAUAUGGAAGAUUUCUGGAAAUUGCAUCUGAGAAGGUGACACAGAAAACAGAAUAUAUAUGCACUGCUUACAACAACAUGACUGAAACCCACGUUGAAACCCACACUCUGGUGAUAGUAAUACCAAAAGGACUGGAUCAGGUAGCUCAGAAAGAGAACUAUUUCUCCCCUCUGGCAAUAAUAACUGGAAUUUCAUUAUUUUUGAUAGUAUCAAUAUGUAUUUUUACAUUAUGGAAACUAUUUCAGCCACAUAAAGUAAUACAGCAGAAAUUGAACAGGUUUAAAGGACGUUACCAAAGAGGACAAACUAUAUCAGGACAUGAAAAUGCAGGGGAUGAUUUUGGAGCAUAUGAAUUUAUUGACUAUCCAGUUCCUGCAGGAAUCCCACAGACACCAAGACGGCAUGUUACUGGCUCUAAUGUUACUAACCUUGAUGCUGGCCAAAGUCAGAAUAUUAAUGUUACAGUUUAUGAUGUUGUUCAACAUGUUCCUGAACAAAAUGAAGAAUAA